UGAAACAAAGAUUAUGAUAGUAAUUUAGCAAAAACCAUUGUCACAAUAACAUUUCCAGCUUAUUAAGUUGAAUCCUUAAGGAUACAGAGGAUUUAUCUACUAAAGUUAGGAUUAUUAAAUGACAGCAAAUGACAUCAGAGAUAGUUGCGGAUAGUUUAUUAAUUUUUAAUUUUGUAUUAUUUAUUUCCAUUAGCUGCCAGCAUUUUACAUAAAGAUCUAUACACACGUCAAUUGUAAGCUAACUGUAUUAAGGAUUUGCUUAUGA